AUGCUUGCCUUCAUUCCUGCCCAUCAUGAGUCCUUCAUGAUUGUCCACUGAGAUGUCCUCACAGUGCUAACGCCUCCACAGCAGUGAGUCGCUGCAUCUAUUCGUAAGCCUCGGAAGCUCAUCUGUCUGGCGAAGUGGGUAAGAUGGCACACGAUAAUGUCAAACAUGUAGUAAUCACAGGAGGUGCCGGAUUUUUGGGUCGACACACUGUCCGCGAUUUGAAGAGCCGACAUCCGUCAUGGACGAUCACAAUUCUAGACAUCAUCGCGCCAGACCCAGACGUUGUGUCCAGCAACGAUGUUAAGUUCAUCCCUGUAGACAUCACCUCGCAGUCAAGCGUCACCGAAGCCUUUGCUCGAAUCACUUCGUCACUCAAUGGCCAACCGCCAGACAUCGUCGUCCACUCUGCCGGCAUCGUCCCUGCUCGAGCACUCCGCUACUCCGCCUCCAAGACACAGUGGACAAAAGUCCACGCGGUAAACUACAUCGGAACCACACACGUCCUCGCCGCAACCCUCCAAAGCGGCUGUCAGCGCCUCGUCUACACAUCCAGCUGCACCGCCAUCAUCGAUGACCUCGAGCACGACUACCACCACAUGAACGAAGAUGUUCCCCUCGGUCGUGCCACGCUACAUUACGGCAAGUCCAAAGCCCUAGCCGAACGCCACGUGCUGGAUCCCAGGUGGCGCAUGGAGUCCGGACUCCUUGCCUGUGCCCUGCGGCCCUGCACGAUCGUCGGACGCGGCGACAUCGCGGUCAUCGGCGUCAUGCACGACCUCAUCGCUAAGAAGGAGACCGGUUUCAUCGUGGGCGACGGUACGAAUAUUUACGAUUUUAUGUGUAUCGAGAACGCAGCGCGCGCGCAUUGCCUGGCGGUGGAGAAUCUCUUGGGCGAUGCGUCGGCUGCGGGCCAGGCUUUCUUCCUCUCGAAUGAUGAGCCGGUUUACUUUUGGGACUUUCUCGCGGCGGUCUGGGCGGAGUUCGGACAUUACCCUCCGUCGCGCGUUAGGAUCCCAAUGGUCGUUGCGUGGUUGGUCGGAGUGCUUUUGGAGUGGAUCACUUGGUUGACUGGGGCGGCGAGUACGUUAGAUUCGGGCAGUGUCAAGGACGGGGUGAGGACGCAGUACGCGGAUAUACACAAGGCGAGAGAGAUUUUGGGAUAUGAACCCUUGGUGAAGCUGAGAGAUGGUGUCAAGGCGAAUUGCGAUGUAAGCUUUUUUCCUUACCCCUAUUUGGAUCAAUGGCUACGUCGCUCAUCGUCUUGGUCUUCCCUGGAUCCGCGCAGAUGCUGACUGAAUAUGGUAGUAUUAUAAAGAAUACUUAGAGCAGCAGUCCAAGGCUAAGAGGAAGCCAAUGCCUUGAUCAAACCACCUCGGCGAGGCCAGCCGCCCACAGAUCCACGUUAGAGACUGCGAUACAUCUCCAAUAUUACAGCCAUCUGGAAUAGAAAUUGAAUAGCUAUGUUUCGUUUGGCCUUUCACGACAAUAUUGACAGAGAUUGUGGAUAUACGACGACGGCGUUGUCCACCUCUCGCGGUAUGUUGUCGCAG